AUGAUAGACCAUGUACUCGGACGGCCAUCCUCUCAAUUCCGCAAAGUCCAGGUCUUUGCCGUCGUCUCCUUCUGGUCACUCUACCUGCUGAGAGGCGAUAGACAUGGCCCUCCUGUCCUACGAAACCUAUCCCAACGGCUCUCCAAACGAUCUACCCCAUGGCAGUCCGUCGUCCUUACUCUCCUUUGGCUGUACAUCUGUCGCAAUUUCGCAAAAAUCGUCGGCCUCGAAUCCCCCGAACCUCUGGCCAAUUUGUACAAUAGAUCAUACUUCCGGGCAACAUGGAUCACUACUGCAUUAGACGCUGGCUUUUGGAGCGCCAUGAGGAUUCGAAACAAAAGAGUUAGAGAUCUCGCAUCCAUCAUUUUCACUGUAUAUUAUCUCAUUGCGGCCGAGCAAGCCGAUGAAAAGGUCCGCAAAGUCCGGGCUGUGCUGACUGUCGACCACCUACGAAUUGCAUGGAACAAGCCAAAUACUCCUUAUCUGCAAUGGUUUACCGCUCUGAUGCGCCCUCGGUUCACCAAAUACAAACCCCGCCGUAUCCGGAUCCCCCGUCCAAGAGGUUCCGCGUACAAAGAGCCUGUCGUUGCUUGGAUGUACUUUGAUGGCUCUCUUGCCGAGCUAGAAUCGCAGAAGAAUCUGGUCCUCGAUGUUCCUGGUGGUGGCUUUGUCGCUAUGGACCCGAGAACCAGUGAUGACAAGCUGUUGGCAUGGGCGGGAAAAACAGGGCUUCCAGUUUUGAGCCUGGACUAUCGAAAAGCUCCCGAAUAUCCCUAUCCAUACGCUCUGAACGAGUGCUUCGACGUCUACACGCAAAUCGUCGCCACUCGAGGCCGCUGCAUAGGAAUGAAGCCAGACUCAUGUCCAAGAAUAGUGCUCACAGGAGAUAGUGCUGGUGGGAAUCUGGCAACGGGAACGGCAUUGAUGAUCAUUCAAUCCAACCAGGCAAGCAACACUCGAGGCAUUCUUCCAUCUCCAGCUGGACUGGUAUUGAUGUAUCCUGCCCUGGACAUGAACAUUGGCAGUUGGAUGACGGACGAUCAAAUGGCCCUGAUCAGAAAUCCACGAACUUCCAAGAAAUACGAGACGUUUAUCAAACGCAAAAGCGAAGACAUCGAUAGACGAUAUACACCCACGACCCCCAAACCAUCAGACGACGGUGAAGAUGACCCCAACCACGACUUCUUCGCGACCCGCGAGGAAAGCCCACAACAGCAACAGAAACCACCUCUGAAACGCGUCGACACCGACGUCGAGGCUCAAAAACAGGCCGUCGCCGACUCCAAACCGCAACCCCUCCGAACCAGACUGGCAGUGUCUUCGAUCAUCUCCUACUUUGGGGACCGCAUCCUCACGCCCGAAAUGAUGCGUGCCAUGAUCAUCCUCUACGUCGGGCCCUUCAACCGCCCGGACUUCACAACCGACCACCUCCUCUGCCCGGCCGUCGCACCAGAGAACCUCCUCGCCAAAUUCCCCAAAACCUACUUCCUAACCGGCGAACGUGAUCCCUUGGUCGACGACACCGUCAUCUUCGCGGGCCGGCUACGCCAGGCAAAACUUCAUCUCUUCCAAGAACGGCAAGAAGUCGGACUCGAGAAGUCCACCGCCGAGUUCAACGAAAAGGACCACGUCGAGGUCGCCUUGAUCCCGGGCAUCUCGCACGGCUUCGUGCAGUUCGUGUCCAUCUUCCCCGAGGGUUGGAACCACGUCUUCCGGUGCGGCCGCUGGAUCCAGCAGAUCUUCGAGCAGCCGCCGCACGCGUUCGAGGGUCCGGCGCUCGAGUCCCGGCUACGCGCGGGAACGCUAUCCAACGGCGGUGCCGCCGCGAACGGGAACGGCAGUCACCUUGAGCUCGCGGCCACCACGCAGCUAAGGCACCAUCGCCGCACGAUGACCGGCGAGAGCGUCGAUGACGACGCCCCUCUGGCCAUGUCGAGCCUGCGGGCCGACGACGUCAAUCGCUCGCCGCCCAAGGCGAAUGGUACGGCGCCGCCGCCGCAGGAGAGUGGCCGUGGCCGUGGCCGUGCGCGCGCCGAAGAGAAGUCCAAGCCAGAGCGUACCAAGAGUCUGGUUUCUCUCGGCAGCGAAGAGGAUUUGCUCAAGCGACGCAUGAAAGGGCUGACCGUGGGCUUGAUGGGGUCGAACGAUUCCUGA